AUGGCGCCAGUCUGGCGGCCGCCCGCUCUCCCCCGUCCGUUGUUGCGCGGGGGCCGCGCAGGCAGUCGGCGGGCGCGUUGCCCGUUCGUUGAGCCGUGUGCCUAUGUAUGUCAGUCUGUGUUGAUUAAUCUACAGACCCCCUCGCGGCCGCAGGCGCUCCCUCGAGGUCGGGGUCCGUGGUUAUGCGCAUGUCCUCUUGCCGGUGCAAGGUCUGGCCCGUCCUUUCUAUAUUUUUGGCGACCUUGUGGCCUGGUUUUGUCGCUCCCAUUAGCUUGUAUAUGCGCU